UUCAGUUCUUGGGAGACAUUCCAGAAGCCCGGAGAAGUGAAAUCAUUACUGAGGAAUUUAUCACAGGGAAGGUGUCUGGGAGAAUUUGUACUUCUUCUUUUUUUUAUGUUGAUCUUAAGAGACAAUGAGAUGGUUUAAGAAAUCCACAAGUGAAUCCCCACGUUUGUUGAGUUUGUCACCAUUGAGGAAUAGAGAUCAUGCAGGAAGUUCAGUUGCAAAUGAAAGUGAGGGAAUUGAGACGACAAAAAUCAAACGACUAACCUCAUCAACUGAAUGUUGUCCAGCAACAAAUGAUCAUCAUCCAGUGAUUGGUGAUGGCACAAGGAAGUCACGAAUCGAUCUCACAUCGACCGGGAGUAAGUCCACAUCGAAUAAUUAUAGUGUGCAAGAGCAGAAAAUAGUGGAGACAACGUCAAAUGGGCGCCUCAUGGGACGCUUUAUAUCGCCAAAUAGACUGAAGAAUAAGCAUGUGCAGCAGGGGGGACAGGGAUCGGGAAGGAGGAUGGUUGGGCCAUCCAAGAGGAAUGAGAUGACAUUCAGGGAAAAGAGGAAUCCAUUGCCAAGUACAAGGUUAUCGUGCUAUACACCAGCAACAGCACAGAAUCACUGCAAAUCCAUUGAUGAUUUCAUCUUUCUCAAUGUCGAUGAUUCAGUAUCGACAUCAUCGGGCAGUGAGUAUUCUGGGGAGAUGAGUGCAAUUAUUGGAUCAUAUCGGGCUGAUGAUGGUGAUGACAAAAGCACCACAAAUACCCAUCAUCAGCUAACAGUAGCCCGAAGAUCGCAAUUUGUGGCCAAGAAUUUCAAAUCAAAGUCCACGGAGAAUGUUUUUGAUGAUCCGGCACCGGAUGACGAGGUGCCGGAUUGUUUGGGUGGGAAGAGAAGUGAUCAGAAUGGGGCACAGAAGGUAUUUACGCGUUUCUAUCCAAAUAGACUGGAAGAUGAGGUGGAAAAUGCCUCAAAUCGCAGAAGUCUCAGUUAUGGUCAUUUGCCGGAAAUUGAUGAAUUCCUCUGCUACCAAUCGCUCAAUUCUGAUGCUAUCAGUGGCUUUGGGGAGCGCAAAAAGACCCCAAUUGACCAGGAUGAUUGUGAUUCGGGAAUUCUGGUCAAUGAGGGUCAAUCGUCAAUUGUCAGUGAGGUUGAAGAAAGUCCAGAACCGCCAAAACUUCCAGUUAGAAUGCAAUUGGAAGAGAAAAGGCAUUUUAAAUAUGUCAAACUCGAUGUUGAUCCCUCAGCUGUUGCCCAGAGAAAUGGCUUUGGUAUUCUCAUUUCACAAAUCUCUCCGGAAACUCCCACAAAUAUCAAUAGAUACCGCAUUAGGCAUAUUAUGCGGGGGAGUGUAGCAGAUUGUGAUGGUAAUCUUCGGGUUGGCGAUGAACUAAUCAAUAUUCUAGGCUACAGACUGCACAAUUUGUCCUUCAAUCAGGUGCAGGAACUCCUAGAUUCACCCUUUAGGCGACCCAGUCGCAAUACCCAAAUUGAUCUUGUGAUUUGUCGCCAGGAGACAAGUGACAGAGAUGCACAAUUGAAGAUGCGUGGGAGGAAGAUUUCACUGGAUUCCCAACUCGAUGACAAAAGCAACACUGAUGAUUACACCUCAAGAGCCAUCAGAAUUGAUGGUUUGGCACAUUUGCAUGUGAACAAGAGUGCGCCGAUGAAGAGACGUGCUCAGCAAUUUCAGAAGAAUGUGACACCGUAUUCGAGUAUGUCGUCAAAUCGGGUCAUCAGAAGAUCGCUGAGUGGUUCAAAUCAGGGAAGUCAGGUGGUGUCUGAGCCACAGGUGUCACCGGAAGCUGUCCCGAAGGCCCAGGUGAAUGUCCAGAGGAGUUCUCUGGCAAAAAGUGCCAUGAAUCUUUGCGAUGAUUUGGAUGAUUCGAAGGAUAAAAUUGGCAGUGAGAGUUCAACCCUUCCUGCAUCCGGGAAUAACUUCUGCACCCUCCCUCGAAGGCCUCGAUCGGGUGUUUUGUCCUUUCAUACGGUGUCCUUUGUCAAGGGGCCAGGAAAGAAAUCCCUGGGCUUCACAAUUGUCGGCGGAUCGGAUAGUCCGAAGGGGAAAUUGGGUAUCUUCAUCAAGAGUAUCCUUCCGAGUGGUCAGGCGGCAGAUUGUGGAUCCCUCAAGGCUGGGGAUGAGAUUCUAAUGGUCAAUGGCCAAGUCUGUCACGAUCUGUCGCACGAGGAGGCCGUGAAGAUGUUCAAGUCCGUCAAACAGGGUGCAAUUGUCCUGAAUAUCUGUAGGCGCAAUAAACUUACCAAAGAUCAGAGUUGAUGGCGAUCCAGUGCGAUCGCGAGUGUUUCAAAUACUUUGGGAACUGUGAAAUGUAGGGGAAAUUUUACCUUAAUGAAAUACACAAAAUACCGAAUUACAAAA